AUGAACGUUGAAGAAGAGGUAGAGAUCCUGAGUGACUCUGAAGAUAUGAGCAUCACUUCAGCUGAUUCUCAAACAUCUUCAUUGACACAGACCAAAAUCACUGGAGCAUUUCGAAGCAGCAAGUAUUUGGAAGAAAGGAGCGAGAAAAUUACAUGCUUACUUGCUGAAAUGAUUUCCACAGAUAUGCUACCACUAAGCUUUGUGGAACGUAAAGGAUUUCAGAAAUUUAUGAAAUUUCUCGAACCGACUUACAAAAUUCCUUCAAGAGGUACUGUGCUGAGUCGUGUGAAAUUAUUAUACGACAACAAGACCAGCGAAGUCAAGAAAUUGUUGUCUGAAGCUAAAAAUGUGGCAAUCACAACUGAUAUGUGGACAUCAAGAUCAUCAAAUUCAUAUAUGACUAUUACUGGUCAUGUAAUAGACAGUACAUGGCAGUACAACAAUGUUACAUUAUCCACUGUCGAAAUUUCAGAGAAACACACUUCAGAGAAUUUAAAAAAUAAAUUGACUGAACUAUUGGGAGUUUGGAAUAUUAAAGAUAAAAUAUCUGCUGUUGUUCAUGACAAUGCUGCAAACAUUACAGGGGCUGUUUCGAAGAACAGGAACUUGUUUGGUGAUAGCAUACCCUGCUUUGCACAUACCCUACAGCUGUGCAUCAAUAGAGCCCUUUCAGUCGGUAAUGUUCAUGAUGUUGUGAAGAAAGCUGGAAAUGUAGUAAGUCAUUUCCAUCAUUCUAGCUUAGCCUAUUAUAAUUUGAAACAGAAGCAAGAUCAACUACAACUUCCAAUACAUAAGCUAAUAAAUAAGAACAUUACUAGGUGGAACAGCACUUACCACAUGCUUGAAAGACUGGUAGAACAACGGCCAGCAAUUUCAGCUGUCCUCAAUGAUCGCUCUGUGACGAACAUUAGGACAGCUGUGUCACUUGAAAUAACUGAGCAGGAAUGGGGGAUAAUAGUAAUGCUGGUCACAAUCUUAAGACCAUUUGAAAUGAGUACCAGCUUAUUGUCAUCCGAAAAGGCUGUAACAUUGUCAACAGCAAAACCAUUGAUGUCUUCGUUAAUGAGAAGAUGUUCAGAGAGAAUUAAUGAAGAGGAAUCUAUCCAUAUAAAAAAGUUUAAAAAACUAAUAAGAACUGAAAUAAUGGAUAGAUUUCUCUAUAAUGUUGACGAUGGAAAUUUAACAGUUUUCGAUAUGGCAAGCAUAUUAGAUCCCAGAUACAAAGAUGAAGUUCCUCAUAACGUAAAACAAAAGGCAAUAGUGUUGUUAAGGCGUAUGGAAGAGACAUCACAAAUUACGAUUGAAGAAGAAUCUUCAGACAUAGAAAGAUACUAUUUAGAUGUAUUUUUCGAUGAGGAAAGAGACGAUGCUAUGCCUACUAUUACAAAAUCAGAAAUUGAUAUAUACAUUACUGAAAAACCAAUAAGUAAAAAAGACUGCGUAUUUGAAUGGUGGCGCCGUAAUGAAAACAAAUACAAAAAACUAUCCAUGAUAGCCAAAAAAUACUUAGCUAUACCAGCCACUUCGACACCAUCUGAAAGGGUGACUGUGACUGGGGCAGCAAGUGGUUGCGGCCGAUAUUGCGCCUUGAUGCUAAAGCAAUGUCCAUUGAUCGACGAGUUGGCGUUACACGACGACAAGGGUUGCGGUCUUCCAGCAGUAGCACUUGAUCUUAGCCACAUCGACACCAGAACGACCAUUACUGCCUACGAGGGACCAGCUAAGCUUAAAGCUGCAGUAAAGAAGGCCGACAUUGUAGCUACAUGCAGCGGUCUUCCACCGAACUCACAUCUAACCGACAUACAACUAUUCGAACUAAAUGCAUCAGUUGUUCAUAAAAUUGCCCUGCAUUGCGCUGAAGUCUGCCCGAGGGCUAUGUUCUGUGUCAUCACAUCCCCAGUGACAUGUCUUGUACCAAUGGUCAGCGAGGUAAGAAGGAUUAAAAAAUUGAUGUAUAUAAAUGACUGGUGA